UUGUAACAGAACUGAAUAUUUUCUAGGUUACCUAACCAAACUCCUGCAGAAUCACACGGCCUAUGCCUGCGAUGGGGAGCACUUGAGUCUGCACUGUCCUCGACACUCAACAAUCAGUGUUCAGUCAGCGUUUUAUGGGCAAGACUACCACAUGUGCGGUACUCAGGAGCCUGAAACCAGGAUGGCAGAACCCAUGAACUGUGUGGCACCCACCUCCUUGCAGAAAGUACUGGAUGAAUGCCAAAACCUGAGAUCCUGCCAGCUCCUUGUCAAUAGUCGGGUUUUUGGGCCUGAUCUGUGUCCAGGGACCACUAAAUUCCUCCUUGUCUCCUUUAAAUGCAAACCUACUGAAUACAAAACCAAAUCAGCAUGUGAAAACCAGGAACUGAAGCUCCACUGUCAGGAAUCCAAGUUUCUUAUCAUCUACUCCGCCACCUACGGCAGAUGGGCACAUGAGGAGAGUGUCUGCUCAGCAGAAGUGGAGCGCAUCCCUCCCUUUGACUGUUUGUCUUACACGGCACUGGAAAUUUUAUCAAAAAGGUGUUACGGGAAGCAGAGGUGCAAAUUCAUGGUCACCAGCCAGGAUUUCGGAAGUCCAUGUCUACCUGGAGUGACAAAGUACCUUAAUGUCAGCUAUGCAUGUGUUCCUAAAUUUAUCCUCACGGCUGUCAACCCCCUGGUCCCCAAUAACAAAUCUUCUGUCAGACAGAAUGAUGGUGUUGACCUUGAUCCAAAGGAAUCAAGACUUCCAAAGAAAGAUGGAACUAUUGUUAGCUCUAACUACUUGGCUACAUUUGCAUACAUCAGAGAUCACCCUGAAAGAGCUGCUCUCCUGUUUGUGUCCAGUGUCUGUGUGGGAUUAAUCUUCACACUCUGUGCCUUGGUGAUCCACAUGUCGUGCGCGAGAGACUUCCGCAAGUUGCGCAGGAAGAAGGAUCAGCUGGUGCCAGAGAGUGCCAGAGUGUAUGAGACCAGUGAACAGGAGGAAGAAGAAGUGGAGGAGGAGGAAGAGGAGGAUGAUUCCUCUCUUUCAGACACCCAGGAUGACAUAGCAGGACUUUACGGACCUUCAUACUCAGGUUAUAAUUCAACAGAGGCGGCGGAACUGGCCGAAAGGAUUGAGCGCAGGGAGCAGAUCAUACAGGAAAUUUGGAUGAACAGUGGUUUGGAUAUGACACCUCCUAGAAAUAUGAAUACUUUUUAUAUUAACAAACAGUAA